AUACUCGUUGCGCUCGGCCCGGUGCACGACUUUUCUGCUCCCUUCAUGGCCUCGAGAAUACGAGCUCCCCGAAUAUCUCUCGCAAACCUCAGUCCUGCUCGUGGAUCUCAACAUAAGCAAAAACGAGUUGGUCGUGGUCAGGGUUCGGGUUACGGAGGAACCUCAGGUCGUGGCCACAAAGGUCAAAACUCCCGAUCUGGUCCUGGAGUAAAGCCUUCGUUUGAGGGAGGACAGACACCCAUAACCGAGCUUUUUCCUAAGAGAGGUUUUGUUAACCAGAACGCGAAAACAUUUGCUCCCAUCAACCUCGACAGACUCCAACAUUGGAUUAAUCAAGGUCGAAUCACGUCUUCUCCAGACAAGCCCGUUACUGCCCGGGAACUUCUUUUGAGUGGCUGCAUACACGACGUCCACGACGGUAUCAAGCUGCUUGGAGAUGGAAGCCAACACUUCUCCUCGAAGAUAUACAUGAUCGCAUCCCGAGCUUCAAAGAGCGCAAUUGAAGCAGUAGAAGCUCACGGCGGCAAGAUAGUGUGUCAGUAUUAUAACCCACUAGCCCUUCGAGAUUGCGUCAAAGGGAGGACAGACCGUAUUCAAGCGGCACCCACGCGUAGAUCCGACAUUAUUUGGUACGGAAAGCAUUCAAACCGUGGAUACCUCUCUCCCGAGACCCUCAAGGCUGUCGGGGACCUUCCUUUUGUUCAGGAACGAUGGAAAGCCCUCUCAGUGGAACUCAACAAGUGGAAAAAGCAGGAUUUCGAUGUGCCCAAAAAGAAAGUAUAAAUGACACUGUAUCUACUUCAUUCCUCUCCCCAACCUAUAACUUACUUUAGUCUGCCGAAACGAUUUCCCUUACAUUCACUAUGCUCAAAGCAGAAGAUUUCCUUCUUAAAUGUGCGUCACUUACCGGGAACUUUGCACGGUGGCC